CUGUUCUCGCCCGGAAGGAAAUAGUGGUGCACAAACACACACAAACACUGAUGGAGAGCGAAACGUUGAAUGUUGGAGCACAGUGGUGGGUACUUUAACUCCAUUGUGUGGUCGGUCAUCUAUAUCACCAGGUCGCCAUGCCUACCGUGGUGUUGAUGGACGUGUCUCUGUCCAUGACGCGGCCGGUGUCUCUGGAUGGCAGUGACGAGUUUCAGAGGAAGAACCUGGCUGUGCACGGACUGAACAUGCUGUUUGAACACAUGGCCUCAAACUACCGCUUGGAGUUCACGUCACUGAUGGCCUUCUCUUCCCUCUGGGAGCUCUUGGUGCCUUUCACAAGAGAUUACAAUGCAUUACAGGAGGCUCUGAGCAACCUGGAGGACUAUGACAAGACGUGUGUUGAAGCAGCUCUGACUGGAGUUAGUAACGUGGUACAGCAGGAGUGGGGCAGUGCUUGUCCCUGUCAGGUUGUGCUGGUUACUGAUGGAUCUCUUGGUAUUGGAAAGGGUUCCCUACGUCACUCCCUGCAAACAAUGAAGCAUCGAGCGGAUGACAAGAAGUUCCCACUCCCUUUCCCUUUCCCUACCAAACUGUUCAUCAUGUCUGUAGCUAAUGCAGAGGAGUUACAGAUGACUGACGCCAUGGACAACUUGGAGGAGCUACUUCGUCUCAGCGGAGGUGAUGGACAGAUCUUUACUAUGGAGGGACCACUUUGCAUGAAGAGUGUACAGGCCAUGUUUGGGAGGCUGAUUGACCACGCGUACUCUCCCUUCCAUGCUGUCCUUCACUGUGGGAACUUGUCCUCAGACGUUCAGGUGUUCCCUCGGCCUGAGCCUAUUGUGAUGGAUGAAGAAGUGGAGCCCAUGCCCCGAUCAGUCAAUAUAGAUUUGGAAAUUGUGGGCUUCAUUGAAAUUGCUGACAUUUCCAGUCCUCCUGUUAUUUCCAGACACUUGGUAUUGCCUAUAAAUGUAAACAAAGAGGUGGAUGAAGUUGGCACAGGAACUACAGAGGAGCUUGAGGAGGAACCCUCUGCCAGUCAAAUGGCAGGCAAAAGCCCAAAUUUCUGUGUACUUUUACAUGGCAGCCUUAAAGUAGAGGGCAUGGUGGCACUGGUUCAGCUGGGGCCAGAGUGGUACGGCAUGCUGUACUCCCAAGCAGACAGUAAGAAGAAAUCAAACCUGAUGAUGUCUCUGUUUGAGCCUGGUCCCGAGCCUCUGCCUUGGCUGGGCAAGAUCACACAUUUGGGACCAAUAUCAGAGGCUCCUGAAAAUCCCUACGGAGAGGAUGACAGUAAAAGUCCUUUCCCUCUGCAGCCAUCAGUCAAACGAAGCUACGCCCAGAAUGUCACUGUGUGGAUUAAGGCCAGUGGACUACAGACUGAUGUCCAGAAGAUCCUAAGGAAUGCAAGGAAAUUGCCAGAUAAAACUCAGACCUUCUACAAGGAGCUGAACCGUCUUCGGAAGGCUGCCUUGGCGUUCGGUUUCUGGGAGCUCCUGAAGGGAGUGGCGGAGCUGUUGGAGAGAGAGUGCACCCUGCUGCCAGACUCUGCCCAUCCGGAUGCUGCUUUCCAGCUCUCCCAUGCCGCACAGCAACUCAAACUGGCCAGCACUGGUGACUCCCAGUAUGCGGCUUUUGAUCACAACAUAGCUCCCAUGCACACAGACUUCUCCACAUAGUAUCCCCAGCCAGUAUGUGAGCUUUAUGUUGUUUAAAGAAUUUGAAGGGGCUGCCUCAAGAACCCAAAUGUGGAAAGGAGUGAGAUCAAUAACUAACACUCCUUUGACACUGCCUAAACAUGGCAAAACGUACUUAAUGAGCUGUUUGUGAAAUGUUAGCAUAGCAUUUUUUUUUUUUUUACAUGUUCCUUUGUAGGAUUGUUUUCACAAAAUUGACCAGAUACAAUUUUUUAUUCAGUGUCAAAUAACAUUUACAGGAAACCUGUGGAAUGACUGUUAUUGUUGGCAUUUAAAAUCCUGGUGAAAAUAAUGAAAUAAAGCAGGGAAGGCAUACAAAGUCUACAUUGCAGGAUAUUAUUGAGCAGAAGUGACACAAAAUGCUCAAGUUUUUUAGAAGUCAGCAGUGUAAUUUUCCCUGAGGUUGUGGGACGGUUCAAAAAUCAGGAAUGUUACCAAUUACAGUAUUUGUUAAGAACGUUGUUGCUUUCUUCAUUCAUACACUAACACUGUAUCUCAUGACAAUAGUAGCAAUACCACUGCAAUAAAAAAGAUUAAAAGAAACUAUCACAAAGGAUAGAUAUCCAGUUAUAUGGCGUAUUAUAGCUCAUCACUUAUUCAGGAAAUACAAACUUACAUCUUAGAGAAAUUAACAUGUUUAUGACAGUCAAUGCUAUGAUGAAAUAUUGCAUCAUCUGUAGGAUUUUCAACAAAAAAAACAACGUCUAGUAAUGAAACUAGGACUGACUUGACUGGAACAUGGUUUACGAAUAUCAUUUAAAACAUGUCCAGAAAUAAGCAGGCAGCAAAGGUGUCAGAGUGUUGGUGGUGAAUCUCAAUUUGCUUUCCUCUUUUUGGUACGGAAACGCCUCUUCCUUUGCUUGUAAAGAUGACGAAAGUUGAUCAAAAGUCC